UUAUGUUUCUUUUUUGCUUUGUGUAGAGAUGUUUCUCUUUCUAUGUGAGACGUGAACGUGUGUCCAUUUGUGAAGAGGAAGUAAAUAUGCCUCAUCAGUGAUGUUUGUACGAGUCUUUUGUGUCAAAACCUCCUCUGAAGAUGAAGCUCUGCCUCUGUCUGCUUUACACAGUUCUGCAGGUCACUGUUGGUUGUAUAAUAUCUGAACCUGAAGAUGAGAUCAUCACCAGAUCCCCAGGAGAGUCUGUUCUCCUGUCCUGCUCCUGUACUGACCUGCAGAUCAAACCUGAUGAGAUUCAGUGGAGCGUUGUCACCAGUGACGAGACAGAGUAUCGUGAGUUGACUGGAGAUCUGAACCCAGAAGAAAUGAAGCGUUUCAGUGGUAGAGUCCAGACAUUCAGUGACAGUUCUCCAGGAAACGCAUCCCUGCUUCUGUCUAACCUGACUGAAGAGGACCACGGAGAAUACAUGUGUGAGAUUGAAAGUGGAACCAGAACAAUCACACUCAUCGUAUCAUACUCAGAACAUUCCAACACCACAGAACUUUUCAGGAUGCAUUUAUUCAUCCGCUUGGCUCUUUCUGCGCUUUUUGUGAUGGUGGGAGCAACUGCAGUCAUCUGCUCUUCAUGCAGAGCAAAGAAAAACGGGCAGAAAGCAAGAGGGUACUAAACAGUAUAAUCAAAGAUGACAUGAGUGUGUGAUGAACUCUGUUGGAGUGGACAGUAACCCUGCUUGACCAAUAGGCUACAGACCUG